ACUCUUCGGUUUCUCUCUGCGCCCGAAGCUCACUGAUUUUACACUCUCAAUUCGUUUCUUCACUCGAGAGCCUUAUUGUGACGGGGGAUUGUGCUCCAUGGGUUUUUCUUCCACAAGUCUCCAGGCCUGUUGCUCGUUGCCUUUAGGACUGAAAACCUCAAAAACUACAAACUAUGGUGCUUCUGCUCCUGCAUCAUCUCUUUCUUUCCACGGAAAUUCACAGCAUAAUUGGCGUUUGUCAUCAAAAUUGUUAAGUUACACUGCAUUCCCCAAAGUGGUGAGACUGGAAAGAUCCCCUUUUGUUGUGUUUGCUGGUGAAACGACUGCUGUGCCAAUGGAUUACAGUAGAGAGCAGAUGUUAUUUUCUGAUUCCACAUCUGUUCACAACGAGCCGAUGAUGGAUGGUGAAGAUAAGGAUGAGAAAGAGAGUUUGGAUAACCAUAGAAUGAUCAGAGUAUGUGAUAAGCUAAUUGAGGUCUUUAUGGUCGACAAACCCACACCAACUGACUGGAGAAUGUUACUUGCUUUCAGCAAGGAAUGGGAUAAUAUCCGCCCUCAUUUCUAUAAACGUUGCCAGGACAGAGCGGAAAGUGAGGAUGAUCCUGGGAUGAUGCAUAAGCUUCUCCGGCUGGGAAGGAAGCUAAAAGAGAUUGAUGAGGAUGUGCAACGACACAAUGAGCUGCUUGAAGUGGUCAAGGAGACACCGUCUGAGAUAAAGGAAAUUGUUGCUAGGCGACGUAAAGAUUUCACAAAAGAGUUCUUUGUCCAUCUUCACACUGUAGCACAAUCCUAUCAUGACAACCCAACUGAGCAGGAUGCUCUGUCAAGGCUUGAGAGUAUGUGCCUGGCUGCUGUGCAAGCUUAUGAUACUGCAACUGGAGACACUGAAGCAGUGCAAGCAGCAGAACUAAAACUCCAAGAUAUCAUAAAUUCUCCUUCUCUGGAUGUUGCUUGCAGGAAGAUAGACAAUUUGGCAGAGAAAAAUCAACUUGAUUCAGCAUUGGUGUUGAUGAUCACUAAAGCAUGGUCAGCUGCCAAGGAAUCUAACAUGACGAAAGAUGAGGUAAAAGAUGUAUUAUACCAUCUUUACAUGACUGCAAGAGGUAAUCUUCAGAGGCUCCUACCAAAGGAAGUGAGGAUUUUGAAGUAUCUUAUUACGAUUGAAGAUCCGGAGGAGCGACUUUGUGCCCUAAAAGAUGCAUUUACCCCUGGGGAAGAACUUGAGGGAAAGGAUGUAGACAACUUAUACACGACCCCAGAGAAACUCCAUAUCUUGAUGAGGAACGUGGUGGAUGCAUACCAUUUCAGCCAAGAAGGCACUCUCAUAAGGGAAGCAAGGGACUUACUGAAUCCCAAAAUAAUUGAAAAAGUGGAUGAAUUAAUACAGAUGGUGGAAAAAAAUUUCAUGUAAGAUGUGAGGCCAAGCCAAAGAUUUCAGGUUAGAGGGAGCCAAAGCAUUCUUGCCAAGAGUUUUACAUAUAGUUUCUGGGUAUCAAGAUGACAACCAUGGAAUGGUACCAUAUUCUUGUGUCUUCAACAACAGCAGAACUUGUAUCUUCAAGACAUUAGUCCCGUCUCACUUUUGUAGAAAUUCCGGUGAUAGAUCAAAGUUUUGAUGUCAGAAUAGUGAAUUGCAUUCUACAGUUUUCAAAUCUAAUGUAUCUCAAAUUAAUUCUUUGUUCUGAGGUUUUGAAACAGAAUCAUGGCAAGAUUUUGGCCAUAUGAGUUUGUUAUGCCUAUUGCUAAUUUCCUUCAAUCUUGAGAUUAAAAUUGAAAGAGAUGA